AUGGGCGGCUUCCCGUUUUCGCCCCCCUCGGACGGUUUCUUCUACGGCAGCUCGCCCUGCGCCGCUUCCCCCGAGGAGGAGGAAGAGGGUUUCGCCCAGAGGAUGGCUACCGCCUCCUUCCGAGAGCCCCCAGUUGAGCCUCCCGGAGGCUCGGACGGCGAAGAACACGUCCGCGCCCCGACGGGCCACCCGCAAGCUGGCCCUUGCCUGCUCUGGGCUUGCAAAGCCUGCAAGAAGAAGGCGAGCCCAGGCGACCGGCGCAAGGCGGCCACCCUGCGGGAAAGGCGGCGGCUGAAAAGGGUCAACCAGGCUUUCGAGGCCCUCAAGCGCUGCACCUCGGCCAGUGCCGGCCAGCGGCUGCCCAAAGUGGAGAUCCUGCGCAACGCCAUCCGCUACAUCGAGAGCCUGCAGGAGCUGCUGCGGGAGCAAGUCCAGCAGUUUUACGGGCUGCCCGGGCCCGGCUGCUCCGAGCCCACCAGCCCCAGCUCCAGCUCCAGCUGCUCCGACGGACUGACUGAAUGCAACAGCCCCGUGUGGUCCAGAAGGAACAGCACUUACAGCAAGAGUUACUGCUCUGAUCUCCAGAAUGUCUAUCCCUCAGAAGCAAGCACUGCCCUCUCCAGCCUGGACUGUUUAUCCAGCAUCGUGGAUCGAAUCUCUUCCUCGGAUCAGGUGGGGCUCUCCCCACAGGACACUGCUUCCCUUUCUCCUAUUGCCAGUCCUGAAUCCCGGCCAGCCUCUCCCGAGGCCCCUCAUUCCAAGCUCAUCUAUCAUGUACUAUGA